CUUUUUUCUUUCUUUCUUUCGGCACUUGUUUGUUUUCCUCACAUGGUGUCGGCCAGUCGCUUGCAGGAGCAGAGACAUGCUCAGUCUAUGAGCUUUUAAUCUCUUUUUCUUUCUUUCUCUUUUAUUUCUGGGACUCUGAAGGUCGAGUCGUCUGGCAUCAUGACUUUUAAAUGACCAUCACGCAACAAACAAACACUGGUGUUGUAUCACAGCUCGUCCCCACCCGGCUCCACCACCACCAGCAGCAGCUCCACUUGAGUCCUCCUCAGGGAAAACUGCCACCACCUGCCGACGCAUCCCGCACCACAUGACCGUCUCAAAGGUGAGUUCACUUCAGUCUGAACUCGUGCAGCUCUCUGAAAUGUCUGCAGCCAUGGUGGUGUUGGUGGUGGAGCUGCAGGGUGGGGAUUAAACCCCGCGGUGAAAGUGGGACAGUUUGAUUUUUAGGCGGUUUUAAACUCUUAGCGUGGCUCCGAGCUGCAGCUCCACUGCCAUGCGGCUGCACAGCCUCCAAACGCCGCCUGGAGUCUGGACAUGAAACACACCACAGACAGGACCCAUGUUCAGGUUUCAUGUGUGUGUAAAACUGAUCAUCUCAUGUUCAGGUUUCAUGUGUGUGUAAAACUGAUCAUGCUGCUGAUCAUGUGUGGCUGCCAGCAGGUUAUGCUUGUAUUUCCCCUCGGUAUUUUUUGAAACCCUUUGAGUUGGUACAGUAUGAUUCAUGAUCCUGGACUGAAGUGCACAGCUGUUAAUACUCACAGUUUCAAUGUACAUCUCUAUUUAACUGUACAGCUUUAUUUUGUUUACAAGGCCCCUAAAGAUCCCUUAAGUAACUGUAACUUAAUGUCUAAAGUUUUGAUCAUAUAAAUAAAAGAAAUAUUAUUCAAAUAGUAAUAUCUGCCUUUUACCUAAAUGUUUGAGAUUAACAAAGUUAGUCACUAAAAUCAGCCGGUUAAUGGAGAGAUAAUUUUGAGCAACUAGCUAAUGAUGAAUAAAAUCAUUUUCAAUAUUUUAUAAGGGAUAUUCCGGCAUAAAAAUUAAUUUAGUCAAAGUCAAACACGUAACUCCAAGUUAAACAUCCCCUUGCAAGAUGAAUGUUACCGACCGCUUGCUUCUCUAGUUAUACCAACUUUAGUAACGACCGCACGAUAGCAAUACACAGCGGUCUAAGGAGGCAUAAACAAACCUCAACCAAAACGCCACUCUAUAGCCACAAAUAAUGCUCAGAACAGCACCUAACUUCAUCAACAGUACAUAGAGGGUCCCAGCCAUAGCACUAGCCACCAAACAUCUUUUUAACUUUGCCUGAUUUCUUUAGCAAAGAGACUAAACACAACUAACCUACUCUCUUCCAGCAGCCGCUUGUUUGUAGUGAGACCUUGGACAGUGGGUGACAAAGCUUGAGGAAGAACAUUAAUGAUGAUUUCUUAAUGGAAAUGCAAUCAGACCAAGACACUAAGGCAGAAGAAUUACAGCGUCUGCAGUGAAAAAUGAUUAAUAUGGUGAUUAUUACUUAAGCUCGCAUCAUCUUCAUGUCUGCAAACACAAUAACCUAGAGUGGAUUCUGUUAAUUUUGCCCCUGGUGGCUCUAUUCUAUUCUGUUCUGUUCACCAGAUGGUUUGGCUCUAUUGUUAUUAUUUACCUUUUGUCUGGCUGGAUGUAAACAAACUGAAGACAAAAGAAGAAGCAGUUUGAGAGCGCUGUGUUUAAUGACCCGGGUCUAAUGGUCACCACAUGUUAAACAGUGGGAGAAAUUUAGGACUCAGUGCCAAUUGGAUCCUGUGGGGUGGCAUCAUGUCCGCAGGGACAGGCACACGGCAUGAAGCUGGUUAGAAGUCAGGCCAGUUAGUUAAUAAAUACCUAGUAUUCAAACACAUUUUUAAAAAUUCUGUGUUAAUUUUACUUGAUGGUAUUAUUUUAUGGUUGUUAAAAAUAUUUCAGCAAUUCUUUGUUGUUGUUGUUGUUGUUGUUGUUCAAUUUGGCUCAAACUAAGCAGCCGUGCUAGAGAGUGAGAAUUAAAUAUAACCUUAAUUUCAUAAAAUAGAACUUGGCAUGGCAGUGGCAUGUGUUUAAGUUCUCUAGUUUGUCAUAAAUCUGACUUUUUGUGAUUUGUAAUCCAUAAAUAUCACUCAAGAAGCCAGUUUAUUUGUAAAGAAGUUGUGUAGUAAUGUGCUUUUAACAGUGAUGAAAUUUAACACCUGGGGAAUACAUUUCUUUGCUUUCUUUCUGAGAGUAAGAAGAUAAGAUUUGCUUUAAUUUGCAACACACGUGGCUGGAAACAGGAGGCUGUUAGCUUAGUUUAUCAUAAUUAUGUCAACCCACUGAGAGAAAUAGAUAGCUUAGCUCGCUAAAUCGUUCACAAUGAUGUUUGAAAACAUUAAAAAAAACAAGUUUUAUUUGAUUAUUGAUAUGCUGUAAAUUAACAAGUAAUGGAAACAGGGCAAAACACCUCCUCUAAAGGCUUUUUUUGUGCAUAGAUAAAUUCAGGAUUUUUAAGACUGUUUUAGGAUUCUGUUGCUGUGUUUAUAUUAAAAAGAUAUCUAAAAAAGGUCUAGUAGUCUAUGAUUUCCUGAGUGAUCAGGGAUCAGGGUCCAAACAGAUGUGGGGAAAUAUGGACAGUCAUAAUUUCAUAUUUCAAGGUCAACAUAUCUGAAAAGUAGAGGUGGGAAUACUCAGUGAAAUCUAGAGGUCAGAUUUUUAGAUUGACACGCUCCCUUGCUCACCCCUCUCGUUUUUAUUAAUAUAAAUUCUUCUGCACACAGCAUCUAGGUUUAUUGUUCUUGCACAGGGUUUUUUUAAGUUAACCCCAUGACAUUAGAUACUCAGCUUUAAUCUAGCAGUGAGGACCAAUGUUUGCUCUUGUAAUGGUCACUGUUUGUCACAUUGAAUAUACACAUUUUCACCCUAAAUUUUUGAAUGGAAAAUUAGGAUUUCCCCGUUGUCCUCUGGCGUUUUUUAGAUCAGUGAACAAAAAUGUGGUGUAAUUCAAAUACACCCAUCACUAUUAAGAGAAUGCUUCAUGUACUGAUGCUAACACAAUUGAUUUCAUUCACAAAUUUGAAUGAUAUCAGACUUUGAAACAGUGAUGUCUGCAGAAUUUAGGGCAUGUGAUGAAUAGAGCUGUGACUUUUGGACUUGUGUUGAGUGAAGAGGUGUCAUGCCAUCACUUUAUCUACAUUAGACUGUCAUCCAGCUAAUGGCAAACUCCUGCCAAAAUCAGCAUUACACUAAUGAGUUUUCAUCACUUCUACUGUGGGCGAACAGAAAACUUGAGUGCCAAAAACAAACCUCAAUCUUGUAGCAGCCUUCACACAUCUUCAAGGUCUCUAGACAUGCUUUAAUGAGGUUUUUGAGUUAUUUUUAGACCGAGUUGCUGCGUAUUCUUUGUCUGGAGUGAACUCUGUCGUGCAUUUGCAUGCUGUGUUGUAAAAUGCUACCUUUUAUCUCGAGCAUAUUAUCACAGACUGUUAUCACAAAUACCUUAGACUGUCCUACUUUUCAAAUAUGCAUGUUGUGCAGUUUGCUUAGCAGAAGCUCAUUUUUUCAGACAGAUAUAGAAGAAGAUUUGAAACAGCAGAUUUGUCUGGUCCCUGUCACCCAGGCCAAGUCAGUAUGGAGCUAAACUGAAAGAUGAUACACAAACUUACCACCUGUUACAGGUGUCAAAGUCCAAGCUGCUGUAAUGAACACUGUGAAUCAAAGAGAGGCUUAAGAUAUGCAAACAGGCCGUUAAACCUGGGGACCCUCAUAGGUCUAUAUAAUGCUUUUAGAGUGAUCUCCAAACAAGAGGAGGUAUAACCUGCAUCCCUUGGAGAUAACCUGCUGUAUCCUGGACAAAUAGUGUGCUUUGAUUCAGGGAGCCAGUUGACAGAUGGCUGAUUAAUUGAGCAGCCAUUCUAAAGGAAUAAUUGUGUAGAGGGGUUCAUUAAGGUGACAGUACCAUGGAAAUUAGACCUCUUCACUCUCUGCUGUUUAGGAUAAUGUGAAGUAUAAAAAACGCUCUGUAAGUUAAUAAAUGAGGUGAUAUGUAGUGACAACAGGUAUCUCUACUGUUCUUGUUUUCUUGAAAGCAUACAUGCAGUUCUGCCUCACACUGUUUGGACAGAGGCAAGUGAGACUUCUUAGCACUUUGACGGAUCAGAAGGUGUUGGUCCAAACAGCAGAGAUAAGACCAAUUAAAGGGUUACAGGUUAUUGUGUAACCUGGUCAAACUGUUGGUGUUGGUGUGUUGUAUGUCGUACAUUGUAAUGUUUCUAAUAGAUGAUGCUUCAUACAUGACCAAACCUCCUGAAGUUCCCAUCACUAGCACUUCCACUGUGGUUCACUCAUAACUAAACCCCAUAAAGACUAACCUAAGCGGGACAGAGUGACAACAUGGAGUUACAUUUAGUUAAUGUAACAAAUGUUUUUUGUUUGUUUGUUUGUUUGUUUUUAAUUUUUAUUUUGAUUAGUGUUGAGAUUAUUCUUUAAUGUUAAUGACAGUUGUUUUGUCACAUCAUAGAUAUUCAUUGCAAGAAAAAAUAUAUAAAAAAAACCCCAAAACAAACAAAAAAAACCCAACCAAGUCCAACUGAUCAUCCGUAUGUAAGUGUUCAGGCUUUAGGCAACAAUCUGUCGGUGGAUGUUGAGGAUGAUUACUGUACAUGUCCUGACAAUGGUUUGAAAAUCCUAAAAUGCUCUUAUGUAACCAGAGUCUGCACGUGACCGCAGAGCCUCUCUCUGUUUUUGUCUCUCUCUCUCUCUCUCUCUCUCUCUCUCUCUCUCUCUCUCUCAUACACACAGACCACCUAAAGACCACCAGCCUCGCCCUGAAAGCCAGCUCCUGCUUUGUCUUUCCCUGCAGGGCGAGAUAAUUUACAGAAGGCCUCAAUGACUUCUUCAAACAGUAGCUUUAAAGGGCCAGUUUGUGUUUGCAGUCUGUGCCCCCUCUUGUUCGGUUACAUCACUGUCACUCAGAUCAGGUCAUCCUGCACGUUUCUGACAUGACAGCUGUCCGACUGUUGGAGGAUUAUCUGCUGCUACACCCACGUGGGCCAGACAGGGAGGGGAUUACUUCAGAAAUACAGAGAGAGUCGGUGGAUUUGCUCUCGUUUAAGUUUCACAGGCUGUGUAGAGGCGACACUGUGAAGGCCUCAGGAAAGAGGAAACUUCAGGUUUCUGGUUGGGCUCUGAGGGGAACAAAUGCACUUCUACUCAAGUUUCAGCCUUGCAUCGUUUUACAUUUCUUAUUGAUCUUUCUUAUGAGUCAAAAAGUUGCUUCCAGAAGGACAAUUUUAGAAGCCUCAUAUUUAACACGUUUAUCUGACAUUGUCUGGGUGUGACAUUCAUUUUGAAGUAAAUCUGCUUUGCCUUUUUAAACACAAAAUGUCCCAAUAGGCGAUUAAAUUACCUUUUAAAAAGAUUUUUAAGGGGUUUUGAAAAUGUCUUUUAAAGCUGUUUUUUUCCAUGCACGUAGAUGUAAUAUUUUUUAUGUUUUCAGCUUUGUUUUCUAUUUUGUGGCUCAAAUGUUGGGGUUUUCUGUCUUUGAGCCUCUGUGUUGAUGAAUUUUGGAAUUGAUAUUUGCUAUUAUGGUGUUGAGCAGUAAUAAGAUGUUUUUAUUUAAGAGGCAGUGUUUCAGUGAGAGCUCCUGUUGUUUGAGUCAAAGGGUUGUCUUUGUAAAGCAGAUGGGUCAGCAGAGUCUGAUUCAUUAUUAAUGAAGAAGAGUAGAUGGCCUCUUACACUGUGUGAGUGUGUGUGCGUGUGUGCGUGCGUGCGUGUGUGUGUGUGUGUGUGUGUGAAUAUGCGCUUCUAAUGGUUGUGCCUCAUGAAAAAUACUGUCAGAGUAGGCCUGGACGAUAUAGAAAAAAAGCAUAUCGAUAAAAAAUAAAUCAUAUUGAUCGAUAUCGAUAAUUAUCGAUAUUAUUAUAAUUAUUUAACAUAUAUUUUAAUUGCAGCCCUGGAUGUUUUAUGCUAUUGCUUAAUGACCUACUUUUAAUAAAGAACACACAAGCACUGAAUUCAAAUUCAAACCUUUAUUCAACCACCUUUUUUUUUUUUACCACAACUGAAAGUUUUUUUAAAAAAGAACUUAAAAAAAAAAAGAGAUCAACUUAAGUGGCCUGAGUGAUGUCAGUAAAUACUGACAAACAUAAAGACUAAAGGGACCAGAAAAUCUGAUAAAUAAAUAUUUAAAUAGUCUUUUGAUGAAAAUAAACAAAACAAACAAAUAUAUAAAUAAACAGAAUAGCUUUAGGUGGGAAUAGCAUACUACCAGUUUUAACUAUGUGGGAAACUGCCCACAGCCUGGUGUCUGAACACUGAAAUAUUUCUCCCGGGGUCGGGAGAUUUAUUUUUUUUAAUUAUCAUGUGAUUGACUUAAUACGCAAACUGAGCACGAGAAGCAGGACUUAUCCACGCCGGUGUUGUGUCGUAGAUUGCACCCCUGCCGAAUGCACCCCCUGCUAGUAGCCAUGAUCCAAAUACUCGCGUCUUUGUAAAAUAUGAGCUCAUUUUCUUCCACUUUAAGAAGCUAAUGAGUGGACGGGAUGCAGGGGUGCAUUCUACGGUACAACACCGGAACGUAUUUCCUCCGCACCCUUCUCACCUUUUCAACCCCUGACCCAUUUUCAUGCCUGAAGCGCUGUGUUUGAGAAAUACUUGCGGCCGGGCACUUCAUAUCGCGGGUCGAGAGUGGCUAGAAGCUGGUCGAAGCCAGGCUUUUCAACGGUAGUUAUUGGCAGUAUGUCCCUCGCUAUGAAUCAUGUUACUGCAUGGGUGAUGUCCUUAUGCCGCUCGACGCUUUGUCGUAUUUUGGCAAGAAACUAAGUCCAGUUUGGUCUGCUUCACUUGCUUUGUGCCGGUGCUGGCAGCGGUUCCAGAGGAUUCCUCCGACGACGACGUGGAGCCGCGGCGCGGCCGACACAGCUCGUACUCCUGCGGCUGCGACCGGUUUAGAUGGUAAAACAAGUUGGUUGUGUUACCAGACUUGGUUUUUACUAAUUCUCGGCAAAUUUUGCAAACGACCGCUGUUCGCUUUUUGUCAGACUUCUAAAAACCAAAACAUUGCCAUGCUGGAGAACUACUGAGACCUUUUUUCGGGACAAUGUCCUCCGCUUCUCCUUGCUGUAACAUUUUUUCUAAUACACGUGCUGUCUGUUGUGGUUUGAUAGGGGCUGGGCUUGGUGCCGUAGCGUACCUGGGUCUGCGUUUGUGAUUGGUUGGGAGGAAGUAAUGACUGUAGUAAAAGCUACAUGAUAGGCCAUGAUGAAAAAGGAAGGGAAACUGUGUUUUUCUAUCGAACUUUUUAUCGACCCGUUUUUUUUCUAUCGCCCCACACGUCUAUCGAUCGAUAUAUAUUGUUAUCGAAUUAUCGUCCAGCACUAUGUCAGAGCAAAUUUGUUUGUUUGCUGAUGGUGAUACAUUUGUUUAAUAGACUUUAAAGCCAUGAAUCCAAUAAUAUUACAGACUGUAAAAAAAAAAAAAGUCCAUUAAUUAACUUGAUGACUCGUUAACUAACUUCUCCUGCCAGCAAGCAUUGUGGUUAUUCAGGAUAAAUAAUAAAUCUAAGUGUGCUAAUCUUAAUUUAUGUUCUUCCAUGUUUAACUGUAAAAAAAUCUAACUUAACUCUUGAUGCUGCCCCAUUAUCGAGUCAAAAGUUUUGAUUUGUCCAUUAUUAAAGGGAUAUUCCAGCGUAAAAUUAAUUUAGGGUCAAACACACCAUAACACCGAGUUAGACACCCCCUCGAGAGAAGAAUGUGGCCAACCGCUUGCUUCUCAAAUUAUUCCAACUUUAGUAACGACCGCACGAUAGCAAUACACAGCGGCCUCAGAAGCCAUAAACAAACCUCAACCAAAACGCCACUCUAUAGCCACAAAUAAUGCUCAGAACAGCACCUAACUUCAUCAACAGUACAUAUAGGGUCCCAGCCACAGCAAACAUCUUUUUAACUUUGCCUGAUUUAUUUAGCAAAGAGACUAAACACAACUCACCUACUCUCUUCCAGCAGCUGCUUGUUUGUAGCGAGACCUCGGGCCAAUCCGUUACAGACUGCGGCAGGGUGACGCAGCUCAAGGAAGAACAUUUAUUUAAAAAGCAGAGUUUCAGUGAGACUGUGAGAACAUUUAGGCUGGAAUAUCCCUUUAAGCUUUGAAAUGUGACACCUGCAAGUGUAGACAAGCUAUACAUUGUGCUUAGUGCUAAUAUCAACAACCAUGGUUGUAAAAAUAUAAACAUCUUACCUGCAGAGCACUGUCACAGUGAGUGAGCUUUGCAUGUUGAUGUAAGUGUCGAGCCUAAAGAUGGUGUUGCUUUAAGCUAAAUUUUAAUGUCUGAGAGCUACCUCACUGAGCUAGCCUACUCCAAACACUUCGGAGUUCUGAAUUACUUUAUUAAAAAAUCAAACCGAUCUGCAGAGAUGCUUCUCAACAUUUUCUUAUCGAAUGCUUAUUGAACAUUGUCAAGUUUUCCUCAGCAUGGACGUCAGAAUCAAAGCGUUCCGGCAUCAGUAUGUCAGUGUGCUGCUCAUUCUGUGUCUUUAGUAUCACAGCACAUUGAUGCUGUUAGCUAAUGAAGGUGAUCUGAUUAGCUAUAGCCUCCCUGAGCCUGAAAACAGGGUGUGCACUGCAGCAGCGCACUGUCAGUGUAUUAUUUGCAGACAGACUGAGCCUAUAUAAAGGCAGGCUAAUCCCCCUGAGUCUCAGAAAGUGAAACUCACCUUGACAACAGUUACUAUGAUGGCCUUGGCUGGUGUGGCUCACUGACACUGUUUUAUUUCAGGGGACUAGUUUGGUUUGCUCAAAGGACAAGCUCAUUGUCUCUGCUGAAUUAUUCAUUAUCUCUCAGCCAGUCAUUUAAUAUUCAAAAUGAAUAUUUCACACAAGGUGAAUUCUGCAAUGAAAAGCAUCUUUUUGCUAUAUUAUCUCCCAAGGUUGUGCUAAUUUUAGAGUAUCAAAACACAGUUUCUUUGCUGUUGAACAUCUAUCCCGUGUUCCCUUUGAUGCUGAACAGUUAUUGUGUCAGGAGUUGGUGCAGUCUGACGGUAGAACAGUUUGGGUUUGUAGUAAUUAAUACAAGUUAUCAGGAACUUUCUAGAGGCUCAGAACUGAGACACGCUGCUGCCUCUGUGCUUGGAUGUGGCAUGAUACAGAACUAUAAUAAUCUAAUUUCUUUAGCAAAGAGACUAAAUACAACUCACCUCCUCUCUUCCAGCAGCCGCUUGUUUGUAGCGAGUCCUCUACCAGUCCAUUACGGACUGCAGCGGGGUGACGCAGCUCAAGGAAGAACAUUUAUGAUCAUUUCUUUAUUAUUUCCUUGUAGUAAUAAUCUUCAUAUUAAUAAUUUUGCACUGCAGACAAGGUCGUUCUCCUGCCUCAUCAUCUCAGUCUGAUUGCAUUUCCAUGAAGAAAUGAUCAUAAAUGUUCUUCCUUGAGCUGCGUCACCCCGCUGUAGUCCGUAAUGGACUGGUCGAGGUCUCGCUACAAACAAGCGGCUGCUGGAAGAGAGUAGGUGAGUUGUGUUUAAUCUCUUUGCUAAAGAAAUUAGGCAAAGUUAAAAAGAUGUUUGGUGGCUAGUGCUAUGGCUGGGACCCUAUAUGUACUGUUGAUGAGUUUAGGUGCUGUUCUGAGCAUUAUUUGUGGCUAUAGAGUGGCGUUUUGGUUGAGGUUUGUGUGACUAAUGUGUAUUUCUAUCAUGCGGUCGUUACUAAAAUUAUUACAGCAGCAUAUUAUGUCAUGUACCUCCCUCUUUUGAGUAAAAAGUAGUCAGUUUGAAGUGACUCAGAAAACAUGUGUGCUCCCAUGAUUCCAGGGUGUGCAUUAUCUACUUUAUUCAUAUAUUUACAUUCUGCUUCACUUCUAACAAACAUCAGUGGCUCUAUUUCAAACGUUGCUAUCUUUCUAUGAUUAGAUCAUGAUAUUCUUGGUGUAAAAUUAUCUGUACAGCAUGUCUUGAGGCUGGACUUCUUUACUGUAAGCCAAUAAAGGAAUUGAUCUGGUUUCCAGCUUGUCAAACACAGCCUGUUGUUUGUAGUACUCUUGGAUGCCAAACACUAAUGGGACUUAUCCUAAAAGUUUAAAUCCUUGAUAUCUUAAAUCCUUAAUGGUGCAGCUUAUGUGUGAGGAAAGGUGGUGGUGUAAUACUGCAUCCGAACGUAAAGUAAUCUUCCUCUUGUUUUUGAUGUUUUUUUUUAUGUGAACCAGGAUUUUUUGGCUGUACAAACUGUCUCCUGCUGCCAGAGUUGAUGUGAGCAGGUUGGUAUAGAGCUGUGAUAUCACAGAUUGGGAUCUGAUUCAAACAGCUGUGCUAAUGCCGAUAGAGCAGACAUGAAAGAACAGGCAUGCUUACCGUGAGUCAUGUAACAUUGAAGCUAACUGGAGGCUGAGAUCACUGUCACACCAUGUACCUUAGAUUCCCCAUGAUGAAAUGUACGUCUUGAGUUCAAAGUGCUGCAUAGUUCUUGGAUGACUAUUGAUUAUCUCAUCAAAUACUUUGUUCUCCAUGCCAUUUCCUAACGGCUGAUUGCCAUCACCUUUCUGUCUCUUACUUAAUCACUAAAGUCUGUGCACUCCUCUUUUUAAAACCAAAGAAAAAUGUUUGCAAGUAGAGGCACCUCCACGCAGCGACCAGGCUGGUAGAGGUAUAACCAGUGAUUGUAUCAGUGUACUCAGUCACACCUUUACCUGUUGAGACAGAUGAGAUUAUGAUCUCACUGAGGCUUCAUAAAGCACAGUGUUUCUUCAUUUUCUGUACAUGUGUUUGUGUGUUGCUGGGCGACUUUCUGUAAGUUUUUUCCUUUUCUGUAGUUUUUUUAUGCCUAAUGUCCAGAUAUCAUUUUUAUUUGAAUAACUUGAACUGAACAUGAACUAUCAUACAUGCUUCUUGUCAACAAAUAACGCUGAACUCUUUUCUGUGUGUGUUUUGAAAUAAUCAAAAUCACACAACUUUAAUCCCCCUCCUGUUUUUUUUUAAUCCAUGUUCCACAGCUUGUGAACCACUGGCCCCAUUUAGUAGGAGAUAUAAAUUGUAUAACUGAUCUAUGAAAUCUGUAAAUUAAAUGCUGUUUCUGAAAAACUAAGCCCUGACCAAAUUUUAAAGAGACAUGUUCUCUAGUCUCCAGUCACAGGAAUAAGCUGCUUGGGUUGGUAAGUAGUUUUAACGUUAAUGCGUACAUCAUAGGUUUUAGCUCAAAGUGAUACAGAUAUUUGGCUUGAUGUAAUCUGGUAGCUUGAUGCUGACUCAAAGAGCAGAUUUGGAGGGUUUUUUACACCAGCAGUCAUCUUGGUGGUUUAUGGAAAAUGCCCCAGUGGCUGUGAAAUCCACUCCAAAUCUCAGUUUAUAUAUAACAUAAAUGUGGUCUUAGUUACUGAUGCCUGAGGAGAGCUUAUGAAACCCAAAGAUGGAGGCCACCAUGGACAAAUACUGACUAUCAUCAGUGUCAUACUGAUCUGGAGUUUUGGUUGCUGGCCACAACAAGCCCAACUGUCAGUCAUUUUAGGCAUGGCCAUAUUUCAACUUAAUCAUCCAUAACUCUAAGCCUUUAUAUGAUCAGAUAGGAUGAGUUACAAAAAAUACUCACCAUACAGUUAUCAAGAAUAACAAAAAUGUAGGGGUCAUAUCUUUGUCCCCUCACCGUCACUGCCAGGGAUUAAAAGUAAGAACUCAGAACUUGUGUGUUUCAAAUAAAGUACAUUUAAUUUUUAAAACUUUUAAAACAAAAACUCUGCUGUCUCAGCGUCUGUUUACAAGCCCAAAUCCUGGCAGAGCUUUCUCCACCGCUCCAAGGAUGACCCGAUGUUUAUUCGAGUUAGAUUCCUCACUGGGUCACAUUUCCUCUUCGUCUCUGCCCUUUCUUCUGUUGUCUUGUGUUUUCUGCAGAAGUGUUUUUUUCCGUCCUUCUGCAUCACAGCUCCUGUAUCUACACUGCUACGCUACUUUUAGCCGCUCAGAGCUCCGAGGAGGGCCAGGAGAGUGGGAGGGGAUGAAUUUGGAACUACAGGAGGCAGGAUUUUUUUCCAUAGGAUGGUAGGGGAAGGUCCUGCCCUCUUUCACCUCUGAUUGGCUAGAAGUGCUGGGCUCUGAUUGGUCAUUCCUUAUGGCUGUGAAACGUCAUCAUCUGUCGGGUUGGGGUUGGGGUCAGGAGAUUCAGAAUCGUGAUAAUGUUCGUGUACGAAGCCCACAGCCCGCACUCGGUUUGAGCGUGUGAUGACGUUUCACAGCCAAUCAAAGGCGAAGGAGGCGGGACCUCCCCUUACCGUCCUACGAAAAAAAUAUUGCCUACAUGAGUGGAGUGUGUCAAAUACAGCAAGGUGAUUGGAUGGAGAGGCGGAGCAGGAGAUUCACCAAUACAAGCCGUCCGGGACAGAUGGCUCCCAUUGGUCAAAGUUUUCGCAGCCCUGCACCUGCUAUGGCGAACGAAUUUUUUCACUCUUUUUUCUCUUCACUUUGUGGAGAUCUUACUGUAGGACCAUAACCGCCAUAUAAAUGAGUUUCAUAAUAAUUACCACUUUCUCCAAUCGUCAGCCAUGCCUUUAAGUAGAUUUACAGACUCAUAGUUUGACCUCUACUUGAGUAAAAUGUAAUUUCAAUUACUAUUCUCUUACUGUAGAAUAAUAUUUAAGUGCUCUUGUUAUGAUGACUUGGAAUGAGUGUCUGUCCUGUUUGUCCGACCAGGUGUGUCUCCUCAUUUGCACAGUAAAGCAACAAAACCAGAGGGUAAAGCUGCAUGCAAAUUUAUGAUGGCAAGAAACAAAAACUCGCUCUUGCUUUUCUUAUGCACAGUCCUGCUCAGCUCUGUCAUAUUACUCUGGUAAUAAAGAGUACAUUUAUUUCCACAGAAGGUACUCAUUCAGACGUUUAUUUGCUCUUUGAAUGGCGUGUAAAUGAAUCUGUCUUUGUGGAUUUUUCUGUUUACACUGGACCAACCACUCCUGAUGACAUAUUUCAUUAUCGGCUACACCUGUUCAUGUUUACCGAAGAACAACAGGACUAACUGAACAUUUGACCAUUUAAAGCCUACAGGAAGAAACUUGGAAAGCAAAGUUCACUCACACAUGCACUAGCUGAAGCAUUUUAGCCUUUGCAGGACCGUACUUGGAACUGAAACCAGGUGUUUUCCAGUCAAAACACAGUCAAAUUAUCAGGAAUGACAAAGUGCGGGAGAGAAGGUCAUUGUGUGUCUCUGUAGUAUCAUUUUCUCACAGCAGCUGACUAUUAGUCUGCGUCUGUAUGAGAUCUGUGAUUAGAGAGAGCGAGCCUUGUGGUUUGAGCUUUUUGGACAGAGUCACAGGCUUUUAGGACUCCUGCCCUGUCCUUAUUGAUAAUUAUCUAUGGAAACGCCAAGGCCUAAUCCAGAGCCAAGAGCUGGACAAAAGGAAAAUACAGGCUUUGAAUACGAGUGAGGCUUUUUGGCCGCUAGCAAAGAGUCUAUAAAUUAAAGCUGUCGAUAUUAGGGGUGUAUACAUGGUGACACUGGUCAAUAAACCCACUGUCAGUCUGUCUGAUGUCUUGAACACACCCCUCUGCACUGUAAUACUGGCUCACACAUUUUUCUGCUCAUGGGUGUGCUAUGUCUGGCCAGAUUACAGAUUAAUGAUUCAAAUUGAUGGUUUACAGGACCAUUAGCCAGCCUGCAACCAGCCAGUCAUACAUCUCUAUCUCUGAUUUUUACCUGCAUCCUUUUCUUUUUAACCCGAGAAAUGCUGGGACAAUUUUUUAAAUGUUUGUCAUAAGGACUCUUCAUUUUAUAUCUUUUACAUGGUUUUUAAAUCUGUCACAUUACAUGGCUCCCCUUUUUAUCUAGAUCUUGAGCUAACGUAAUGAACUUGAACUUGGCUUUAUUUAUAUCAGUUUAAAACAGGGCUAGAUAACUCUCUCUUUCCUAGCAACUCACAAGUCCAACUCACUCAUAAUUUCAGAUUUACUGUCAUUAUGUUAUAAAGCUCAUCUGCGUACCAUAUCUUAUUUCUGCUUCUUCUGAAGGGUUGUAAUGCUUGACUGGUCACCAGGCCCAAUGGUAAGGUAAUGGUGGAUGUCAUCAGCGUAAAAAUCAAACAGACAUAAUGUUUGUGGUUUAUAUUACUUAGCCAAAGAAAAUAGCAUGGGACCCAGAACUGAAGCCUGGGGGACACCAUGACACAAAUUUGCUAUUGAAGAUGCUGGAUUAUCAGAUAGGACCUGAACCAAUUUAAGGCCACAUCAAUGACACUGGCCCACUUUCUUCUCUGUCACUGAGUGUGUUGGUAAUAGAUGGUGAGAACUAAAAUAGAGCGGUAACCACAAUUUUCAGCCAAUCCCAGGUCUUUAUAAACUUUUAGAAGGACUGUCUCAGUGCUGUGAAGGGUACAAAAGAAAGAAAAGCUCUGCAUUAACGAGCCAAAUCUGAUGUGAGGGACACAUUUCUGAGAUACAGCCCUGAACCUCGAGUGUUUUCAGUAAUCUGUGUCAAUCCCUAGAUACUGGUUCAGUUUUUUAGCAUUUCUGUGUAUGACUGCUAAGAUUUCAUUUGUGAUGUAAGAGUCAGUAAAUAUAAAAUUCCAGUUGAUUCAGAAGAACUCUGAUGGAUUUGUUGUGUCACACUCCUGCCUUUUGCUGAGCAAAUCUACUCCCACAUGCGCACCAGUUUGUGCUGUUUGUUAUCUCAGGGACAGUGUUUGACCGUUGGACCUUGUUGAGUAUUUGGGUAGGAGGAUAUGUUUGUGGCCACCUUUUUUAUCAAUGUGUGUUUAUGAGGUAACAUACUGGUAGCACAGGUACAGAGCUUAUAGUUACUGGAUCUUUAAUUAGCCUUGUAUUUCUCAUUUUGCAUGUUUUACGACUCUUUUACUCCAUCGUCUUUAUCUUAGCCUCACUGAUUCACUUUGCGUAUUAAAAUUUUAAACACAGACAUUAGCUCACAUUCUGAAACUCCCAUGGAUACAAACACCCAGAUUAGACUGAAGUGCACGCCUGUAUAUUGAUCUAACAAGAGAGGCAAUUUAGUAGCUCUGCAGGAAGUAUACAGAGUAAUGAUUUUGAAUACUCUCUACUUGUUGUACCUUUAAACCUAAUUUAAAUCUUACCUUCACAACAGUGAGGGAUCAUAUUUGACUUUAUUUUAACUCUUGUUAAUCAGGUUUUCUUACAAACUUUUACUUUAUAAAUUGAUAUUGUUGUUACACAUAGUGAGCUUGGAUGAGUAACAGUGUCCAAAAUCUCAAACUAGAACUUAAUCCAUUUUUUUAACUCCACUUUGUUUGGAUGGAUGGAGCACAUGAGACAACAAAGGCAAAAAUCAGACGGUCAUAGAAAUGAACAGGACUACAGAUAAAGUAUGAUUCUGAAGGAAGAAAAAGUCAGCAUUGAGUAAUACCUGACAAAUCACUAUGUGGGACAUGAGUUGACCUUAUAGGCCUAGUGGAUCUCUAAAAUUGAACCCUUUUAGACUCCUGAUAAUCUGAAUACUUGACCGUUGCAAACAGCCUAGCAGGUUUGUGUAAUAGUGAUCGAUCCCCCCUCAGCGUCUCUCCCUGUUUGACCGAGUGAAGGCCGUUUGUGAGUGGACAGCUCUUUUCACGUAUCGACCUGUUAGCCUCUCUUAGCCUCUGAUGCUAAUGCUGUGUUACAUAAUUCCUCACUUUACUCUGGGUGAUUGUAAGAGCUGCCCAUGAAGCCAUGAUGGAGGACGGUGGAGUGGGUUUUCUAGCCGUUGCCGGCCUUCUGCCAAGAAGUCCAGCCAACUUAAUUUUGAGUGCAGAUCUCACCUCUUUGCUUUCACGCCCAGGAUGUAAUUCCUAUGAGUUUGAGAAAAGUCAGGGUGAGCUUAAUUAAAGUUUUAGUUUGCUGUUUAUGGAGAAUUUCGUUUAGAUUGAUUUUAAGAGCAAAGAUUACAUACCAUAGCAAGAUUAAAAGGACUAUUGACCAAUAAUGCACAAUAAUGAUCGUCUGGCUAGUCGGCUGGAAAUGAAAAGUUUGAAGGUUCAUCAUGGGGAUGUCAGCAGAAGAUUUGAUUAAAAAAGCAUUAUGGGAAAUGUAGGCUCAUUUGUAUAACGAGAAAAGAGAACAGGAUGUCUCCUCUUCUUUAAUUUGGGCUGUUGUUUUGUGUCCUUCUCUUAGCAGAGUCACAACAAUCAAAAUAAACAGUAUCUAAGAUUGUCAGUUUUCCUUAAGAAGACUUGAAAAGUUGGGAGAUGGUGCGAAAAGUUUUUGUCUCUUUGGAGAGGUUUAUUCUUGCUAUGUGGUAGCAUUUUUAUCUUUCUAGCUAUCCCUCUAUUUAACUACAUUUAUCUCUGUCUUUGCUGCAUUAUUAGGAGGCUGUUUGGUCAUGAACAGGGUUUCGAUUGACUCCCUGAUUCAAAGGAGAUGCACAUAAAAAACUUGCAGUUGAAAUUGGACAAACUUUCAUCAGACUUUUCUUGCUCGAAAAACAGAAGCGAUAAAUGUCAUGUUGGUUCAUAAGCUGUAAAAUAUAUCUUUUUAAAGAACAGAAAUGAUAAGAGGGUAAUAUUUUGGUGAGUAAUAAAAUUUAGAGGAGAGCAUCUCCUCCUUCCUAAAGAUCGAGCAUGAAGUCCUGAUUGAGCAAACAGUGUCAGAGGGAGUGGCACUUCGAUAAGGAGAGACAGAGUGAUUACCUGCUCUCUCUCUCUCUCUCUCUCUCUCUCUCUCUCUCUCUCUCUCUCUCUCCCCCUCCCUCUCUCUCUCUCUCUCGCUCUCUCUUUUGCUCUCCUUGCAGUCACCUCCCUCUCAGGGAGUGUACACACUCCUACACUCUCCCCCUGCUUGUUCACACACGCACUGGGCUUCAUGCUGCACACACACCCACGCUGCGUCUCCUCCUGACUGUCUGUGUAGACUGAGCACAUCAGAGAAAAAGAAGAAGAAGAAGCUCGGACAGGAGAGGAAGACCAUUUUGGACAGACUGUGUGUGUGUGAGUGUGUAUGUUUGUCUGUGUAUGUGUGUCAGAUUGUGUGGAUGUGUGUUUUUUAGACAAAGCAAGAGAGUACGAAUUUUUUGAGGUUUUGUUUUUAAUUUGGUGAUUUUUGGACUAUUUGUGGGGUGUUUUUUGACCAGCCAUUCAUUGGCAGAGACGUUGAAACUUUUUGUCACUUAAAGGAUCCCUCUGCGACUUCUGAGCAGGUGACAAUUCACUGGACAGGGUGAGUGCUGCUGAAAUCUGUCUUGGUCUCUUGUUUCUUUAUGAAUUUCUUGUCAUGCUUCGCUCCCCCAAACCCACCUCUGCAAAUGGAUAUUCUGUUAAUGAUAUUUUAGUCCACAAAUGUCUCUCACUGCUGUGUGUGUGUGUGUGUGUGUGUGUGUGUGUGUGUGUGUGUGUGUGUGUGUGUGUGUGUGUGUGUGUGUGUGUGAGCACACUUUUCCCCGGAGGAUUCAAAGUCAGUCAGCAUGCAUUCGCUUGAGACAGGCUCGAACAAGAUGGAACAAAAAUCCUUCUUUCGACACGCUCUUCUUUGCCUGAAUCUGAACAUUUUUGAAACACCGUUUUCCAAAAGUUUCCUUCAUGUAUCCGACUUUACUUCUGCUCUUUAUAGUUAAUUGUUCCGUUGCUCCAACUUGGAAAAAGCAGCUGCUCAUUCACUGCCACAAGCAUGGAAGUAUUUUCUAUUUUUUGCUGACAGGAGAAAAAAAAAAUGACAAAAUGAAAGUGAGUCCGCUCCACAGCAGUGAAAAAUGACAUCAUCAUCCAGCGUCUCUAUAAUGUCAACUUUAGCCACAGAUGCUAUUUAUGGUAGCGUCCAGCCUCCAGGACACCAACAGUCAUUGAAAUAAGUGGCCUGUGGUUUGAAUCCAGUCAGUCUGAGGUCUUUUCAUUAAGUUUGGUAUCCUAUUUCUAGAGUUUGAGCUUUUAAACUUGGACAGUUGCUGCUGUGGAAAUCAAAGUUGAUGCUCUGAUCGUUUUUACAGUGCUAACCUGACAGUGUAUGUUGGAUGCUGUAUCCUAAAGUUACCGGUUAUGACUUUUCUUUUUACAUCAUUAAACUUGGGUGUUUGUUCUUUCAUUAAAUGCCCCUUAUUUGAUUUGGGAAACCUUUCCUAACACUUGAAAAAUACUCUUUUCAAAGCAUGAAUUGCAGGUUGAUGUUAUUUUUAUUAGUGGUGAAAAACAAAACAAAACCCUGAAACAUAGCACAGACAAAAGUACGGUAUUGUAUUUGUGCAAAACUCUUGCAUCAUGUUACUCCAGACAUGACAGAUCUACAACCAUCACACAGACUGUUCUGUUGUCUGAGUGUCUGUUUACAUGAAGUCUCUGUGUCUGUCGUGAGUCCAUUAUUUGUUUCUUGUCAGAUAAACAACACAUUGUUGUUCUUAAGCCGCUAAUGGACACGGGAGUUGUGUACAUUUGCUGAAUGGUGAGCUAAUAGUCUCUUAUAGCUGAACGUAAUACACAUCCCUCAUGAAACUAAUGUAAGUGCUUUUAUUGUGUUGUGUUUCGCACUUGUACUGCAGUUGUCCAUUCUUUGAACAACACAAUUCCCGUCCAGCUAUGCAAAUUUAUCCCUCUGUUUGUAGUUAUUUCUGUCCCGAAGAUAGAAAGCAGACUUUGGUGUUAGCCCUUGAAAUGCUGCUUGAAGAAUAAAAUUGUAUAAAAUAUACACCACGGUCAAACAGGAUUUAACAAACUGUACAAGUAAGACAAGGUAUACGAAAAAAGAGAAGACGAUGUAAGCUGUAAAACUCUGCUUCUUUGGAUCUCUGUACUCCCUGUUGUUGUGCAGACAAACACUAUUCCUGUGUGAUGAGGCUGUUUUACCCUCAUCUCAGGUGCAUCUGUCCAAACUGUCUGACUUAUUUGAUGUCUUGCUGGGCUGGCUUUGUUGUAGUAAAGUUGGUGUUUUCACAAUUUAGCAGCUCCUUUCAUGAGCACAAUGUUAUGAUAAGUAUAGAAAUAAUGGUCUUAAACUCUAAAUAUAGACCAAAGAUGUUAUGAAUCAGAGCAGUCCUUUCAUCACAGGUUAUAGUGUGAACAGUUAUUUACAAUUCAACUGUUAUGAGUGUCCUUGAGUAAGAUGAUUAAAUAUGAAAAUAUUUGCAUUGCUCAGCCAUCAUUCAGACUGGGGUGUACAGAUUUAAAAAUGAUUCACUACAAACCUGAAAAUCUACUCGGUGAAUACACAGAACAACCAAAAUUUGUUUUUUAUUUUAAUGAAAUUAAAAUCAUCCUGUUACAUCCGAAGCUGCAGCCCAGUUUAUGUCCAACCACCAGUCAUACAGUCUUCACUCAUGUCCUCCACACCCUUUACACCGGAUUUCUGUAGAUGUUAAUCAUUAACUCACUUUUCUGUGUUCAUGAAUUCACGAGCAUGUAAAACAGACUCCAUGAAUAAAGGACUAUUGUGAGCUUGUGUGAAGAUCUCAGUGGUCUAUCCUGGAUUUACAGGUUACAAAACUGUCUCAAAAUUAAGCUAAGAUAAUUACUACAAUGAAGAAAUGCGUUUGACUUUGCUGUCACUGCACUGGUAUAGUUUAGAUUACACAUGAACAUAAAAAAGUCCUGAUGCGUUUGUAAAAACACGUCUGCUAAAGUUGUCAUACAAAGUUUAGUUUUCCUGAUUUUUUUAUCCAUAGUAUCAGGAAAAAAAUUGCAGCAUUGCAUUUAGUCACUGCAGGAGAAAGAAAAAUAAUAUGAAUUAUAAAUGAAUUAAAAAGUGCAUUAAAGCCUUUAAAAAGAGUACAUUCAAAUAACUACAAAUUAGGAUAGAAGAUGUAAUGUUCCAGUUAAAGGACAGUCCAAUGAUUAUCUCCUACAUGUAAACACGAUGCAUCAAUGGUUAAUUGCAAUUAAAGCUCCUGUGAGCGUUUUUAUAAGUGGAAUAGAUGGCACAAAGUGAGAAGUGCUAUCUUAUCGGGGCAUUAGUGUCAUUAUUUUCCAUCAUGCUAGCAGCAAAAAGCAGGAGGAUACAACACUGCAGUGAACACAUGAACACUGACAGCCCCUGUGUGCACAUUUUAAAUGAUAAGCUGCAGCAAAGAAUAAUUGCAUGAACCACAUCUUGAGUAGUUGCUAAACACUGCACCCAUUGUUAAGCUACAGUAAGCACAUGUAAUAUCUUGCUAAUGUUAAUGUUUGUUGUGUUACCAUGGUGACAAUUAUUGUGCAAGUAGGAGUGAAAGAAAAUAGUUAAUGUUAAUGAGGUUAUCUCAUUGAACCCCGGAUACUAUUGCCUGGUUUACUUCACCUAUCUCCUUUAGAGCCUGUGCACAACCACAUGUAUACACAAAGCUACACGAGUUCAACAAAGUGACCCAAACAAACACACUCACAGACGGACACACAACCUGACUAACCCUUUCACUCACAUUCACCCUCGCUGUAGCAUUAAAGCAGCUAUUGGAUUACUUGUUUGGCUCUUAUCUUGUUACGAGACAGAGGUUGUGAGCUGUCGACUGUGUGUGUGAUAUCAGUGGGACGUGUGUCUCAUUCAGACACACGUACACUUUCUUACUAAACAGCCACAGCAUGUAUUCACACCUGUACAUUCCUGGUCUUGAAUUUCACCUGGAGCGUUUACAAAACAUUACAACUUAUCCCAUCUGCAGAUUGAGGAGGCGGGGCUGCUGCGUGCUUGGUUUUAUAAUGAGAAGGUCUCUAGAUCUUGUCUGAGGACAAAAGAGGGACAAAAGUCCUCACAGAAAACAGGUUAAAAGUGCUGAUUGAGGCGUUUGAGAGUCAGGAUUAUAGGUUUCUUUCUCCCUGUAGCUUUAGGCCAAGUGCUGCUGAAGUAACUGAUAUCGUGACUCGAGUAGGUAAACUUUGAACUCCUUCUUCUCCUCCAGCACUCCUGAGAGAGGAGUGGCUGCAGGUUUUCAGGUUUAUGAGUUAUGAGGUGCUUAAAAAAGGCCUGUAGGUGAAAAAUAGGUGAAUACGAAUGUUUUGCAAAUCUAUCUACAAGUACAAACCCACACAAAAGAUCUUCUCAAGGAAAGCAGAUGCACAAUAUAUCUUUUUUAAAAGGCAUAUAUCUGUGUCGUCAGUUUAGUUUUUAUGACUGUUCUUUAUAAUCCCCUCAUUUCAGCAGCUGCUGUGACUCACUGGUCACAGACUAAAAUAAGUUUCACUCUGAAAAAAAGGCCUGCAUGGUUUUUUUUAUUUUAUUUGUCAGACAUAAAGCCUGUCAUAGAGACUUGGUUAAUUUAACCAUUUUGUCUUGCUGACAGCAAACUCACCUGGCUGUCUUUUGAUCUGCUGGAAGAUGGUGUAAAAAUAGCGAAAUACUGAUUUCUGUCCUCAGUUGCCUGACAGGCUGCCCACCACACAUCCUGCUGUGUUAACCUGCUGCAAAACGAAGCUGCCAAUGGCCUGAUUACAACCUGCUUUUGAUGUGACAAGAUGUCUUAGCUUUCUGCCCUGGAAGCAUCUCCCUCUGGUCUUGUAAGCCUCAGCAACACAUGAAUGCUGAUUAUAUCAACCAAGACGUGUUCCAGUUUACAAGACCAUGUAGCUUACAGAGCAGUUCAGUCCCUCCUUUAACAAAAAUGUGCACUGACUGGUUGAUUAAAUACAAAAACUGGUCAAAUGUAGAUAUUUAAAACAGGGGGGUAUUUUUUCAGAUUUGCAGCUUUAAGUACGUCUGAGGCAGUUGUGUUUGAAAUCUUGUUUUUGUUACCAAAGUGCAGGAGCUGGGAGCAUUUCUUUUUAAAGCUCUAAAGGGCUGAUAAAGAUCGAGACUGUAUUUGUGUGGCUAAGUAUUGCAACACAUGCAUUAUCAGUUUCAGAGUUUGCACAAUGGGACGAGCACGAGACAGGAAUGCAUAAGUCUACACUACAUAAAAAGACAUUACUAUGUGUUCCUCAGUAGACCUGAAACUAUUUGAUGAAUUGAUUGUCCUCUCUGUUAAAGCUUCUGUAAGGAGGUUUUAGCUGGUUAUGAAACGGUCUGAGAUUAAAACUAAUGCCAUGUUUGGACCUACAAAAUCAAACAAGACAUGAAAUUGAUUAUUUCUAUAGAAAUAUUCUUAAUAUCUGUAACUGAUCAUAUUAAGUAGGUGUCAUACACAGGGAAUGAGAUUUUCAGUGGAUGUUUAUCCGACUGUUCAAAGACAGAGGGUUCAAUUCCUUGCAAGAAAAAUUACCAGUUUGUCCAUUUUGCUCACUAGGCCAUAGCAAAAAACAUCAACCUAUUUACUGUGUCGGUUCUGCAGGUUGAGCUGCCAGGACUGUCAUAUGGCUGUGACUGAUGGUGUCUUUGAGGCAGUCUGACUCUUGAACACCUGAGAGGUUUAAUGAAGCGCCUCUUCAGGUGUGGAAACAUUCCUGUAUGACAGCAUGAAGCUACUUGUGACGGCCUCAGGGUAGAAGCUGAGAAGUGAAAGAGUAAACGGAGACUGGGUGAUAAUCAUGAUCCCAACUGGUGUUACUUUAAGAUUUUCACCUUUUUUUUUUUUAACCUUUUCCUACAGUCAGUUUGUUUCUCAGCUCCAGCCACACCUGCAUCAUGCAAACCAAAACCCUUUUAUUUUUACCUCAUUCGCCGUGACGUCAUCACAAUCAUAUGACACAGGGAUGGGCACGAAUGAUCUUUUUUUUGUUCUCUCUGCACUUCUUUACUCCCUCUGUCUCUGUCCUGUGAGUGGUUGUUCGGGUCAUUUUUUUAAGCAUUAACAUCUUGCCCAUCAGCCUCCUCCACCCCUAAUUUAUAAGUAAUGACCAUGCAGCAGGCAGGCAGGAAGCCAGACAGAGUAGCAGAGCAGACGUGCUGGCUGGCCAGGCCUCGUCCCAGAGGACCAGAACCACUUAUCUCUCAAAAUAAUGACAUAUACAUCGACUGGCUUAAGACACACUGCUAAAAAGAGCCACUGGUGUUGGAGAAGUCUCACAUGUUUUUCUUUCUUUAUUUGUUUGCUGGGAGAUAACUCCGGAAGUUAAUGUUGGAAAAAAAAAGUCUUUCAAUCAAAAAUGUUUCAUUUUAUUUCAUUUAUUUAGAUCUCAAUUAGCUUUGGCUAAGGCCAUUGCUAUUCUUCCUAGAGUCUACAUUUACGAUUAGCUCUCCAUCACAGUGCAAAGAUACAAAAAAACAUCACGCCACAAACACAAAGACAACGUCGAUAACCACAACAACCCGUAACAAAACUGGAACAAUACAAACAACAUACACAUAUUACUGGACCUUAUUUAUUUUCACAGUGUAGCUUUCUGAAAUAAUCAGAUGUCCAAAUACCAACAUACAUACCACAUAAUUGAAUUAAUUUACAGAAACAAUACCCAAUACUUCAGCAGACUUCAGAUAUAUCAAGUAAAUCAGACAAACACUGACUUAUUCUACAAAGUAGCUUCAUCUAAAUAAGAAACUGUUUGGCUAAUGAAUGUUCUUUUACUAGAUCUUUAAAUCUGUAUUUGUUGUGUUCUUGGAUAAUAUGUCCCUGUAGAGCAUUCCAUAUCACCAUGGCCCUAUACAUUACCGUACUUUUCAUCUUUUACUUUUCAUGUCGAAGAAACAUUCAUUAUUUAAAAGUCUGUUGGAUUUAAGAAGAGCCAUUUUUCUGUAGUACAUUAAAAUGCAAUCAUAACGACUAUUGUCAACGACAUAAAAUAAAAUCAUAGCUAUAAGAAAGUCCACUCGCCACAUCAAAGUGAUCGUCUUAUUGAACCAAAGUCAAGGUUUUGUGGAGCCAACAAAAACAGUUAAUCUUGUUGUUGACGUGUUCUUGAAGCAUCUCUUCAUGCUGUAAAUUCAGAACAACUCAAUUUAGGAUAGAAUGAAGAAUUUAGUACAAGCAGCUGUUGAAUGGGUUCAAGUCUAAAAAUUCAGAGUCUAGAGAAAGAUAUGUGUUGCCAUUGAAUUCCUUGAAUACUCAGUAGGUACAUGAUGGUAUGAGAUAAGAUUGGUAUGAUAAAAAUGAUUAUAUUUGAAAGCUUUUCUUUUUUUACAAAGUAACAAGUAAUUUAACAUCCAUUUGAUAUGCUUUUUGUUUGUACAAGAAUGUAAAUAUCACUUUCAAAUCAUACAGUAGCAGAAUAAUCAACAAACAAGAGGGAGCAAAAAAUGAAAAAAUCAUGAAAAAUAGAAAUAAAAGUGGGACUUGAAUAAAACUCUGUGAGACACCGCAAGAUAUUGUUCUGCAUUGAAAAUUGCAGUUAUUUUGGUAUUUUGAAAUACAGCUAUUCCUCAAUCAUGAAGGACACUACCCAACAUAUAAAAAUAGACAGAAGCCUUAAUUGUUUUAUAUGCCCACACCACUCUUGUUAAACCUCUGUGCUCAAAGCAGUGUGUUAUUAUUCUCUUGGAGUAAACCAGACAGACUACUGCUCAUGUUUUAAAAACCCUUCACGUCUACCAUGACUCCAUAUUUCUGCUUUUGCUCGGAGCUGGGGUUAAAAAAUUCCAUCACCAUAACUGUGAGGGAUGACUCUCCUUGACUGACCUCCCUACUCUCUCUCUCCUCUCUACGCUCUCAGAUGACAUGGCGUCCUCAGUACCGCAGCUCCAAGUUCCGCCACGUGUUCGGUAAGGCUGCCUCCAAAGAGAGCUGCUAUGAUGGUGUGCCAAUUACACGCAGUGUCCAGGACAACAACUUCUGUGCUGUCAACCCCCGUUUCCUGGCAGUCAUCACUGAAUGUGCAGGAGGAGGGGCCUUCCUGGUCCUGUCUAUCCAUCAUGUGAGUAUCUGCUCCUCACGGCAGGCUUUACAGUACUGUUGUAAGUUUUUAAAGGGGCAUGUGGCCAAUUCUCAAAAAAUGCUGAUCACAGAUUAUAAAGUUAUUUUGCAAUCGAAACAUCAAAAUUUCUUUUAAUUCUAGGGAAAAAUUUUCUUCAAUUUAUUGCAGUUUAGUCGGGUAUUGUCUUAAUGACAGGUAAUUUUUUAUGUGUGGUUAUUCUGUAAAAUUAUAUGCUAAACACAUUAUUUAACUGUAUAACUGCACGUAUAACAUCCCCAAAGAAUUCUCGACCUAAAACACAACCUGAAUUUUCUGUACCUAGCGCCCCAAAAAAGGUAUGCCAACUUAGUAGUAGUUGCUUCAACUCAAGGAAGAACAUUUAUGACCAUUUCUUUAUCAUUUCCUUGAAGUAAUAAUCACCAAAUUAAUCAUUUUGCACUGCGGACACCGUAGUUCUGCUGCCUUAGUGUCUCAGUCUGAUUGCAUUCCCAUAAAGAAAUGAUCAUAAAUGUUCUUCCUUGAGCUGUGUCACCCCGUUGGAGUCUGUAAUGGACUGGCCUGAGGUCUCGCUACAAACAAGCAGCUGCUGAAAGAGAGUGGGUGAGUUGUGUUUAGUCUCUUUGCUAAAGAAAUCAGGCAAAGCUAAAAAAAUGUUUGGUGGCUAGUGCUGUGGCUGGGACCCUAUAUGUACUGUUGAUGAAGUUAGGUGCUGUUCUGAGCAUUAUUUGUGGCUAUAGAGUGGCAUUUUGCUUGAGGUUUGUGUGUGGCUCCUUAAACCACUGUGUAUUGCUAUCGUGCGGUCGUGACUAAAGUUGGUAUAACUAGAGAAGCAAGUGGUCGGCAACAUUCAUCUCUUGAGGGGGUGUCUAACUCGGUGUUACGGUGUGUGUUUGACCCUACAUUCAUUUUACGCCGGAAUAUCCCUUUAAUCUAGAGAGACUAAGGACAUUUAAAGGAAAUUUGUCUAAAUCUGUGAGCCCGCCUCUCAGUGGGAUUGUGCAACUUUUUUGCCUGCAAAAUCGGAGCAAAUGAGCCAAAAACCUAUUUGCUAAGUCACAUAGGUUUUCAUGCUGCAGAGACUGCACUGCCAGUGUCGUUUGCAAGCAUUUAAAUAAACCAUUGUGCAUUAAUCUCGAGCAAGUUAUGCCCCUUUCUAUGCAAGUGGGUCUCAAUGCAAACAAGAACUAAUUCACUAACACUGGCACUAACUGCCCUAUACAGACAAUAACCAUAAAUUUGUGUCACAUGAAUCCACCUCGCAAUAAAAUGGUAACGACCUUUCUGUCGUCAUGAUGGGUAUGCACAGUGCAGCUCUGCACAAUACAGAGAAUAACAUUGGAGCGAUUUGCUUUGUGAUCUAGACCUUGAGAAGGAGCAGGGUGUAGGAGCACAUAAUGACAAAUCUUGGUGCAAAUAGUACCAGGCCUCUCUCAGUGAAUUCCCAUCCAGGGUAUUUAAUGUGCCAGACAAAGAGUUGUGUGAGGACCAGAUAUUUUUUGUGUCAAAUGUGUAAAAAUGAAAAUAUUAAAGAUAUUUGGAAAAUGUGUCUAAAAAGACUCAUAGAGCUUGUAGAUUUCAGUGCAGAAAUAUGAUUGUGUAUAAUCAGUUUCUCAAGGCUUCUUACUAUUAACUAGAGUUUAACCAAAUAUGUCUGGGCACUGUCACAGAGAUUUAAUAAGCUGUCUUUUUGAUGGUGGGAGUUUGAAGUGCUAAGGUCAGGCAGACACCCCCCUCCCCAAUUACAACCAAUGUGUAUAUUUUUUAAGCCAAGUUGGAUCUAACAGUUUCUGCUGACUGGUCACUGUAUGUGGUUUUGUUUUUUGUUUUUUUCUCCACCAUACUCCUGCACUGGACAGCACACCUGGACAAGACAGCUCUGCUCUCAGAUUAUAAAUAGGGCAGCAGUCUAGAAAACCCUGACAGCUCAUCCACCACAACCCAAACAUACAAUGUGGUCUUUUUCCCCUCCUCAUUAUUUUACCUUAUCUUCCUCCCUACCAACUUCAACUUAAACAACAUUCAUCAAACACUCCUUUAGACUCUAUUAACGCCUGUUAUCACAGACACUUGUCUAACCAGUAAAAACAGCGAUCUCUUAAAUUAACUCAGUCAGACCUCCCCUUAUGAGUGCUGGUUGGAUUUAUGUUACCAGAUGUCUCUCCUUUCUUUCUUCAUUCUCUUCAUUUUGACUAAAUGUCUUUGUGAAUUAUAACCAUCCUCUUGGCAUGGGCAGGGGUUGCAUACAAGCUUAGGAAUGGCAUAUAACUCAUACUCUGACCCUCCUUUCUCCCCCUUUCUUCAGUUUCACAAAAAGGUGAAACUUCAGCUUUCUUUCCUCCCUCUGUCUUCUCACUGUCCCAUUUUUCAGUUUGCACUUACAGAUAACAUAUUGUUCUAGUAUUUAUGCACGUUUACUACUUUCUGAGCAGAACAAUAAGUGCUAUGUUCUGAGGAUUGCUUGAAGCACAGGUAGCUGUUACAUCACCUUACCUGCACAGUAAUCCAGCCUGUGGGCAUGUAUAUCAGUAUGAGGAAGAUCCUGUCUAUACAAACAGCAUAAUUAGAGUCAUGUUGAGGCAGAGAAUCUUCAGUAAUGUCUCCCUUGUAAGAGCAUCAUCGAAUACCUGAGCAUGUGUCAUAACAAACUGUGUCAAUACACCUCUAGUUUGAGAUAUUUUGAUAAGUUUUUAUUCCCCUCUCCCCUCAACAGAUUGACCUGUUCAGAUGAAAACAUGGCAGGAUUAAAGCUUGGUUUCAGUUGUGUCUUAUCAAAAUUUUGCACCUUUCUGUUUUGCAGAGUUCUGGUUGUUCUGGUUUCUGCGGCAAAAAAUUAAUGCUGCAUUUCUUCCUUGGCUGAUUCACUGCCUUCUUAUUGCUAAUGCCACUCUUUCCUAUUCUUGAUUUGUGCAUUUUUUUUUAAGUUAAAGGGAUAUUCCAGUUUAGAAUUAAUUUAGGGUCAAACACACCGUAACACCGAGUUAGACACUCCCUCGAGAGAUGAAUGUUGCCGACCGCUUGCGUCUCUAGUUAUAUCAACUUUAGUAACGACCGCACGAUAGCAAUACACAGCGGUCUGAGGAGCCACACACAAUUCCAACCAAAAUGCCACUCUAUAUCCACAAAUAAUGCUCAGAACAGCAACUGACUUCAUCAACAGUACAUAUUGGGUCCUAGCCACCAAACAUCUUUUUAACUUUGCCUGAUUUCUUUAGCAAAGAGACUUAACACAACUCACCUACUCUCUUCCAGCAGCCGCUUGUUUGUAGUGAGACCUUAGGCCAGUCCAUUACGGACUGCAGCUGGGUGACACAGCUCAAGGAGGAACAUUUAUGAUCAUUUCUUUAUCAUUUCCUUGAAGUAAUAAUCACCAUAUUAAUCAUUUUGCACUGCAGACUUGGUAGUUCUUCUGCCUUAGCGUCUCGGUCUGAUUGCAUUUCCAUGAAGAAAUGAUCAUAAAUGUUCUUCCUUGAGCUGCGUCACCCCGCUGGAGUCCUAAAUUAAUUUUACACCGAAAUAUCCCUUUAAUUCUAGCAGCCAAACAAACCAUUUUGAGCCAAAAAGCACUUGUAAACUCACUGUUCUCUACCUGCUAAGUAUGAGACAACAGACAAAGAAUAUUCACCUAUCUAGGGAUGAUAGUAAAAGCUUAAAGCAGCUAAAAAGACAAAUAUUUCCCUCAGGAGUUAAAUCUUAAGUUUGUCGACACAAUAAAACCAUUCUGUGUCAUGCUGUCCAAGGAUUCCCUGCUUUUCCCUUGGCCAAGGUCAAGCUGAAUAAAAGACCUUUUAUUGUGGGCUUGUCCCUGGACUACCAAAAAACAUGAUAACAGUCAGUUUAAAUCAUUUCAGGUAGUUCAGGUAGUCAGGUAUAUAUAAUGUGAAGAGUGUCCUAGCAGCAAAGUUACAAAAAACAAAAACUUGUUAAAAUGCAAAGAGAGAAGCUGAAUUCUGUAACAACUAUUAACACAUUACUUUCUUUUUGUGUUAUGAACAAGAAACUGUAUAACACCUGAAUGUAUUUAAACAGAGUUAAGAGACAAGCAACAACCCAGAAAGGUAAAUAGUUCAGUAACAAUUAGAUGUCAUAGUUGACUCUUAUGUCUGUAAGGUGACUGUAGGUAGAGUCAGCAGCAAGUGAUGAUCAUGAAUGAAUGAAUUUAUUUAUUUACAAAAUAUGUAAAAUUUUGGCUGAAACUAUGAAUUUCUAUCCAUUAUUUAUCCAUUAUUGUAAAUCUAUGUGCGAUAUCUUUCAGACGGGUAAAGUGGACCCCCAUCACCCGCGGGUUUCUGGCCACAGAGGAAACGUCUUGGACAUCAAGUGGAAUCCUUUCAAUGAUUACUGCAUUGCCUCCUGCUCCGAGGACACCACGGUUUGUACAUUUUCAGACUGGUUCUCUGAACUGUUAUCAUUUCUUUCUGGAAUAUGAGCACGUAGCAGCAGGGAGAUAAUUUUAUUGCCUUUGCGUUUAGCCUUGAAGGAGAGCUCGGAGUCAUUCCUCACAUUCCUCAGCUCUGUGCUGGCAGAGACGCUGUGAACAAACCUCUGAUCACAGAAAGAAAAAGAGUCAACAGGUUUUACUUUCAGAAGAAGAGUUUUACUAAGUGUGCCCUGUGGCUGCGUUCAUUUACCUUCUAAUUUAUAUCUAAUUUUCUGCUCUUUUUUUUUUUCUUUGGUUAACCUCCUCUGAACUCCUCCUCAUCUGUUAAUAUUGGUGGGCUCUUUUUUUCUUUUUUAAAUUAUUUAGCAACAAAUAAAUAAAUAAAAUCCAUAUAUAUGUUUGGUUUAGUUUUCAUCUGAUGGUUCUAUCCUAAUGGAUUGUUUGUCCACUUCUAAGGAGUAGUAAAAUUAUUAAUUUCAUAUAAAAUCUACAAAAAAUUAUCAGAGUAGCCAUUGUUUCUUCAGCUUAGCAAUUGGCUCUACUCUGCUGUAUUCAUUUUGUCUCACUGGUUUUGUGAGUAAAACUAAUAAUUAAUUACUGACUUACGAAUUUGAUUUAAGUCGUUUAAAAGCAGUAACGUUGUGAAAAGUGAAACAUUUGAAUCAACUGAAGUAAAGUCCAGAGAAAUUAACUCCACAAGUGACUCAUUUAUGACUUUCCUAUGUUACUUGGUAAAGUGUAGUUAGUUGCAGUCAACCGUUGUUGAUGCGUGUGUCCACAGGUGAAAGUGUGGGAGAUCCCUCCUCACGGUGUGCUGAAGAACCUCACAGUACCAUGGAAGGAACUUCAGGGUCACAGCCGCAGGGUGGGCCUCAUCGAGUGGCACCCUACUGCUAACAACAUCCUUCUCAGCACGGCCUACGAUUACCAGGUAACACAAACACACACACACACACACACACCUGCAUGCGCACACUCACACGCUGACUCUAACAAGGCCACUUCAGAAAAAAACAUAUCUUUAAAGAAAGAGGAGCUCUUAGGGCCUGCUAUGAUGUUACUUAUUUUGAGAGUGAUCAUGUUUAGUAACCAGUGUUGUAGCUGAGUCGCCAAAACCUAAAGUCUGAGCCAAAUCCCAAGUCCACAUUGUUCAAGUCUGAGUUGAGUCACCAGAGAAGUUUGGUUCGAGUCUUAAGUUCCCAUCCCCUCAACCUGAGUCCAGUCCUCAUUAUUGAUAUUGUUGUUCAUCAUCAGGCGCUCUGCUGUUGGUUUCCUAAACCUGGACUGACUGUGUGGGACUUUUGGAUGUGCAGAAAUCCAUUUUAUCUUUUCACAUUAGACUCUGAUCCUGUGGGUGUGUCUGAAGAUGUAAAUCAUGAAUGAAGUUUCAGUUUCAUCAUUUCAGCUAUUUUGAUCACGGCAGUAAAUAAACUCAAAAGUACCUGCCGCCCAGCAGCUAUCAAAGUUUUAACUAACCUGACAUCUUGAUCAUAAUCUGUGAAAUUUGAUCCUUUCUUUGGAUUUUCAGUUGUUUUAAAAGUCGUCAUUGGUCGUCUUUGUUUUUUCUUUAUUCGUCGGUCAUCAUAGUUGACAGUAUUUAAAGGUGACACUGUCUGGUGGUUGUUUUCUGUAUCUCUGUCCAGCCAUGUUUAUGAGUGUGUGUGUUUGUGUGUCUGCACCCGUAGAUAAUGAUCUGGAACCUGGACUGUCAUGAGCAGGUGAUCAAGAACCCAGUGCGAACAAUCAGCUUGCACACAGAUGUCGUCCUCUCCAUGUCUUUCAACACAGACGGCAGCCUGUUAGCCACCACCUGCAAAGACAGGAAGGUCCGCCUCAUAGAUCCACACUCAGGAAACAUGCUGCAGGUGAUGUUUCUCAUGAUUGUGUGUGUAAGUGAGUGCAUGUGUCGUGGGGCAAGGUUUGUAGACAAUUUGGCUUUUGAAUUUAAAUGUUCCUUACAUAAUCUACAGCACAGUAGCGUUUUCUUUACACUGUAAUGAUCUGUAAUGAUAGUAACUCUAAACUGCCAUGCACAAUAUCUCUAUUGAGUCUGUAAUCACAGUUUUGAGGAACAUGUGGAAGUAAAGUCUGAGUGAAAAUCAAUAACACUUCAAAGAAAACACCUACAAGCUCGAGUUGUAGUGUAAAAUGACAUCUCAGCAAGUAUUGCAUAACCUUUCCUCUCAAGUGCUGGCUCCCAUCCAGCACCUCUUUGCCAAAACUGACACCUCUGUCCUUUGCAGGUUGCAGUAUAAUUCUCCAGACCUGUGGGUCACCACACUUUACACUUUUACUACACCUCUCUUCCAAACAACCAUAACAUUUACAUCAAUAUGACAUAGUUUUCAACCCUUAUUGCUAACACAGCAAUGUCUGUAUGCUUAAAUACUUAAGAGAGUGAAUGUUUGGUGCAUGUUGUGCUGUGGUUGUAAUGAGUUUUAUUGUGUGCUUGCAGGAAGGCAACUGCAAAACGCACAAAGCCAGCAAGGUGCUGAUCCUAGGUAACAUGAAGAUGCUGCUCACGACAGGCACAUCACGCUGGAAUCAUCGACAGAUCUCUUUGUGGGAUCAGGUGAGUGAGCAGCUGCAGCAGCCGAGUAUCAUUUACAGAGACCUACAAUUAAUCCACCAUGAGUGAGCAAAUAAAAAAAAAUCCUGAUUGUCAAAAACCUUUUGAAGAACCAGACUCAUUAGUCAACCGUUUCCUGCCUUUGCUGCUGCUAACUCUGCAAAUUUACCCACCAUGAAAAAAAUAAAGGUUUAUCUUAAAAUAGAGAAUCUGCUUUCAAAGAAAUGUUGGCAUCUUUAUUUUUAAAUCUUCAUUAUAUUUUUACAAAGCCGACUACAUUGAAGACCGAAGAAGAUUUUAGGAUAAAAGUUUAAAGAGUGUGAGGUGAGGCAAAAAUGUUGGACACUAAAAAAAUCUAGGGUAGAGGUGUUCAACAGGUAACGGGUUCAUCUAUUUUGCAUGAAAAGACGACAAAACAAAAUAGAAACAUAACGGUAGGACAGAGACUCUCCUCCAACCAUGAUAUUCCUUCCCAACCUCUUUCAGACACAGAUCUGCCAUCUAGUGGACAGAUUGGUGGACAGGUUAAACCACCUAACAGCAUGUCUGUUGUGUUGUGUUCACACCAAGCGUGAAUAAAAUCAUUUACUCGCUCAGUUCACGCUAUUCACACUGCGUCACAGAGCCGGAGGAUGUUCUUGAUCAAGUCAUUACCAGGCCCUUGAAUCUAUCACACCUCUAUGCCUGUAGUAGCAGUCUGCUGGUAUGUUUUUGUGUGUGAGAGUGUGUAUCGUGGUUGGGAGAUUACUGCUGAGGCGGGGAUUAGGGAUUGAGCACUUAAUGUUUUGAAUUUAUCUCUGCAGAGUGCUUCCUAUGGAUUUAAACGACUUGAGUGUUUUGAAAUGAGGGAUUUGGAGGAUGAUUUUUUUGUUUUUCUUGCUAAUAUCUGUGAGUGUGCUUUCAGGAUGAUCUGUCAGCACCCUUGUUACAAGAAAACCUGGAUGGUUCAUCAGGAGUCCUUUUUCCUUUCUACGACCCUGACACACACAUGCUCUACAUUGCUGGAAAGGUAAAUCGAACUGCGUGUCCAUUUUUUUUCAAUUCAAAAUACUGCUUCAUGUGAUUGUUUCACAGACUGUGUCUCUGACAGGGGGAUGGAAAUAUGAGGUACUAUGAGAUCAGCUCUGAAAAACCGUAUAUCCACUACCUAACAGACUACCGAUCCAGUCUACCUCAGAAAGGAAUGGGUAAGAAAACUCACAGAUAUGUGCACAUGCUAUAAGUCUAAAAAGAGAGCAAAGUCCAGGAUGUUUCUCUUGAGUAAGUCGUGGCUUGAAUGUAUGUAAAAAAUGUUUUUGGUUCAUUUUUGCGAGGCCCUGCCUUCCCUCUGGCUGUUCUGACUCUCCCACACCUGUAAGCAAAACUGCUAUGCAAAUAGACCUGCGACUAUUUGACUAGCAAAACCAGCUGAUAAAAGCUGAGUAGUAGAUCUUGUUUAGUGACAGACAGCCUGUGCCUCAGCAUGUAGACUGAUAUGCCAUACAUUUGGAGUCACAUAUGGACACUUUUAAACAUGAAAUGGCAAAAAAAACAAGAGAUUUCCAGUUUGAGCAGCAGAUCUAUUACCAAGCUACAGAAAUGCAACUAAUAUAUUGACUACACUUUUUUUAUUUUAAUUUUGUUUGGGGAAAGUAAGAAAACAAAAGUACACAACACUUUGAUAAUGUUUUACAUCAUUUUCUAGUUUUUUUGUGUCAUGAUUUUUAACGGCUGAAGCUGGUGUGAAGUGGUACAUGUCAGCUGAAAAGCUUUAGAAAUAGCCCUGUUUUUACAAUUUCACAAUACAUUAAAAAAAGGAAUACAUCUACCCAUCAAAAGUCAGCAGCAUCAGAUUUUUCAUCAAGAGUCACUACCUCAGCACCAAGAGGGCGAGAUGGACAAGGACUGCUGGUGAUAACUCAGUGUCAUUGAAGUAGAGCAUUACAAAUCAUUCAUUUUAAGGGUCCACAGUUUGAAAUUUUGCCAUGUUUAAAGGUUGGAGAUCCUGAUAAAUUUUUUGUGCACACCUUCCUGAACCUGCUCUCGAGGUGGGUGUGGUCCUGUGCCGUAUUUACCUGGAUAUCCACCAAUUUCAACAUUCAUUGUGUGCUUGAUAAAGGGCUGUAAAGUUUGCAGAAACCCUGUAAAAUUAUCGUGAAAUUAAAGCAGUGUAUUCUUUCAUAGCACACUAAAAUCAAUUGACAGGACACCUGACCGAAGGUUAUACCAGUCCCUUACAAUAUGACUGUAUCUGCAUCAGUCAGCGCACUGUUUGUGGGAGGUUACACUGCAUUUACCUCACAACCACUUGUAAAAAGUGUGCUUCCUGUUUAUCAGAGUGAAACUGAUGCAGCCUGCAUUUUGUUUCCUCCAGGUGUGAUGCCAAAGAGAGGCCUGGAUGUGAGUUCCUGUGAGGUGUUCAGGUUCUACAAACUGGUGACAAUCAAGAGCCUUAUUGAGCCGCUUUCCAUGAUUGUACCCCGCAGGGUGAGCGAGCAGCAAUGCAAACGCACCGCAAACAUUAGAGAGAAUAAAGGAGUCAGUUUGUCUGAUUGUAUUAUCUGUGUGUGUGUGUGUGUGUGUGUGUGUGUGUGUGUGUGUGUGUGUGUGUGUGUGUGUGUGUGUGUGUGCGUGCGUGCGUGCGUGCGUGCGUGCGUGUGUGUGUGUGUGUGUGUGUUUUCAGUCAGAGUCAUACCAAGAAGACAUCUAUCCAAUGACAGCUAGUAAUAAACCUGCUUUGACGGCUGAGGAGUGGCUCAGUGGCAUCAAUAAAGGUCAGAGUGAGUGUAUGUGUGUGUGUUUAUAUAUAUGUGUGUGUGCGUGUGACAUUUAUGCCGGUUGGCGAGAUGCUGGGGGAUUUACAGGUCCUCCCUUAUAGUUCAGUGUGAAAGUAGAGUUAUCAACUUCUCGUUAUAAUUGUCAUUUAAGAGUUCAGAUAAACCUACUAAUGAAGGUAUUGAAACAGCAAAGGCGUAAUCUAAAAGGACCACAUGAAAUAAGGGUUGCAUUUAAAAUCAGAUGCGUUGCAGAUAACUAGAUAUCAGUGUUUUAAUUAUGAUAGAUGUAGUUUCAACAUCUAACAGGACACUUUGACAGGACAACCGUUUCUAAAAGUAAAGGUAAGCUCUUUAGUAAUGUUGGGGCCCUUCUCUUAUUUCUUAAGGAAAGUAUUGAUUUUCCAUUGUUGAAAGUUGUCUUGUUGGAUGACAUGAUCAUCCCCCUUGACAUGCUUGGCUGGGUGCAGACACAGCAGACUCAGAUAGCCUUAAUGAAUAGGUAUUGAUUUUAAUGGCAGCAAAGAGGAAAACAAAUUAGAACAGGGGGGACCUCUUGAAACUUGGCUCAUAUUGGAGCACAGUCUGGGUUACAUUUAGAGCCCAUCUGAACGCCACGUCAGCCAUCUUCCCUCAGAUGCUGUCAACACUCGGCGUGGUUGCUAGUUGUCAGGAAAUAUGCAAAAAGAAGUCUAUACCUGCACGGUUAAAGGAUGUAAAGCAGCACCUGUCGAAGGCUUUAACUUGAAAAGAAUGUAUUUGGAUGUAAUCCUUUAAAUCAGUUACUAAAAUUCAGUUUCAGUGAUUGCAUGUAAUAGAGUUGUAUAAUCAAAUACCAAACAGUUACACUCAUAAAAGCAUGACUUACCUCACUUACCUCUGUUGUGUUUUAUCUGUUAGUUUUUACUUGGAGUGGUGUAGUCAAGUACAUUGACAGAUUCCGUGUAAGUGGUCAGGGUUUGACUGAUGUGAAUCACUAUGAAUCUUUUUAUAUGGCGUCAGAUAGUUUCAUUUCUAACCUUCAACCUGUAGGCCCAGUGUUGAUGUCUCUGAAGCCAGGAAGUCGGGAAGCAGAGCCAUAUCCAGAGUUGAACAAGGGGAUGGGAAACUCGCUGGACUCAUGCAGGUCUCAGAGCAAACCAGGUGCACUGCAAUUAGCAUACAUUCAGGACCAACUAGGAACCAAAGACGGCAACGACAGAGUUCAAGCAGGGGAUGACUCAGGUCGGACACCUGUCAGCAACGGAGAGGACCUGGGUCUCUGCUCCCCUCCGAGGACAGAGAAUGAGGUAGUGAAGGAUUUUAGUGUUUGUGCUUGCAAGAGAACUUCUUGAGUUUUACCUUUUUUCCUUUAGAUUUUAAAAUAGAUUUUAGUGCCUUUAUUGAGAGAUUAGGACUGUAGAUGGAAAAUUGGGAAGAUGACAUGGCAAGGGGCGAUUUGAACCCAACCUGUCUGCUUCAAGGGCUGUGAGCCUCUGUACAUGGAGUACCCCGGGCAAAAUGAACCCUCUGAGUUUUAGUAUUUUUAUACAUGAUCGUUGUGCUCUCAAAAAGUCUUGUGGAAGAACUACAAUUAUGGUCCUCAUUUCUACAUUGUGAACGCCCUGACCUUCAACGUCUGGUUCAGUUUUGGUCAUGAUAAGGCCGGGACAUACUCCUCCAAUCAAAAGCACAGAGUCUCAAGUGUAUACACCUCUCUGAAGUAGCUCUGAAGCUCAGAGGUAAACUUAAAACGGUCAAAAAUAAAAAUAUGAAAACCCAUCAUUGAGGCUUUCUUACUGAAACUCUCAUAAGACUCAUGUAUCUUUCCCUUCUGUUUGCCUUAGAGCUCCAUCAGUCAAACGAAUGUAAAGACAAAUCACCAAGGCAUCAAGACAGUGUUAAAUUCAUCACUGUAAACACUGAGUGCCCUUUCAGGUCCUCUAUAAAUUUCAGUUUGAGAAAUAAUGUGUAAAAAUGGCACAGCAGGGAGGGUGUUUUUUGGUAAAAAAAAAAAAAAAGUGACCGUCUUUUGCAGAAAAAGAACAGAUCUGUAGUUCGAUUUUUGAAGGUGCAGCAGUCAAACUUUGGAGUUUGGAGCGCCUGUGUUGUUUGUUACCUUUGCUGUGUACAUCAUAAUAAUUAAAGCUGAGCAUCAAAUAGGAGUUCCUCACAUCGUGAGUAAUACAUCUGUACAGUUUAACAGAUACAUACAGAUCUUAACAGAUACAUGUUGUGUUUUCGUCCACAGCUGCGUCUGAAGUUCCACAAGCAGCAGGAGGAAAUCCGACGUUUGAGGGAGCUUCUUCAACAGAGGGAUGUGCGUGUCAAACAACUGGAGCUGGAGAUUAAAAACAUCAAAAACUCUCAGUCUCAGACCUCACUGACAGACUUACCAUGACCUGCUGAUUCAUAAUUAUUAUCAUCACCUCCACACUGAAUACACACAUUACUGUUCAAAAGAAAAUCUAUUUCCAGCCACCUUUCACCUGUUAGGAUCCUGACUCACUUCUUAUCCUUUAGUAGCCUGAAUACUCACUGCACAGGGGUGGUUUGAACCUCAGUUAUGUUUUUCUCAGUCUAUUGUUCAACCCUCAUGAGAUGCACAUACUCUUCACAAAUGUACAUACACACAGACACUGACUCUUGUUUUUAACAUCUUUGCACCUGUUGACCUUCUUUACCAAGUUUCUUUUUUAUGCUUCACAGCUAUGCAAGUUUGUCGUUUUUUGUUUUUUUUAUGCUCUUAUGUAGCUGGAAGUAAAAGGAUGUCUGUGUGUGUCCUGGCUGAAUGAUGUGACCGUAUGUUGUUUGAUAGUUGUUGUGGUGCAGACAUUCAAUGUGAUUAUACACUAAAUUUUAUUAUUUUUUUUCUCCUUGAGAUAUUUAAACUACUGUAAGCAAAGACUGUGGCUGUGGUGUUUUAAUGUAUGUGUGAUUGAAUGAGAGCGAUCUAAAUGAAUGACUGAUAUCAAUCUCAGUUGUGUAUUUGCAUUCCUUUGAGCUGCUUUUUGGUUGUUGAUUGACUAAAUUUGGGGACAGGUCAGUCACUAAUGCUGCGCAGCACAUUUUAAUUCUCAUUUUAAUUAUUUGAAAAAAACGGCUUACUCGUGUACAUGAUUUCACGAUCAUAAAAACAUUUUUUAAAGGGCAGGCCUUGCUUUAUCCCAGAAAGAACAAUUUAAAGCCAUUGUAGAGUUUUGCAGCGCUUGGUGGAUACGCUUCAGUUUCCAGUUCUUAAUGUAUUUCCCUGAAUAUGACAGGCAACAGGUUCUCUGUUAGAGUUAUAAGCCCAAAGAGUAUCUGCUUCUGCAGUGAAUGUCAAAAUAAGCGCACCUUGUGAAAGGAAUAGCUUGAACUAACUGUAAGACAUACGUUAAGGUACACAGUAAGUUGAUGAUUUGUCUACAGUUUAAUGUUUUAUACCAAGGUAGCUUUUUGACAAGUAUCUUGGCUGUGCUGAACAAAGACUACCAUGUUUUCAUAACUGGGGCAACUUGAUUUAUGGAAUUUAUCUGAUUUAUUCCAUACACAUGUAAUUUAUCAUAGCAAAUAUAGUGAUAAACAAUCUUAUUUGACAUUAGGGCUUAAUUUGUGACUUUAAAUCACGUUACUUCUUACCUAAUUCAAGAUGUUUAAAAAGUCUUAACUGUUCAAUGUGAUGUUUUCAACUUGGGACCCCUAAGUCAUGUUUUUUGUCGAUUCAUUUGUCUGAGGUCACACUGAAAAGGGAAGCAGUUUUUUUAGCCAGCUGGGUUUGUUGUCCUAGCACAUUGGAGGGUGUUUGUUUUUUGUUGUUUUCAAUUUCAAAGAUUGACAGAUUUAUAGUGUCACGUUUCAGACAUUAAAGGAACCCAAUAUAUGUAACAUUGAAGUGAAAAGGCUGAACGAACAGAGGUUACCUCACAGAUCAUCAUCUUUAAAUCUGAACCUAUCACUUAAAAGUGUCAGUAAUACUUGAUAUUUUUCAGUGCUUGGCUGUGGUCUGCUGAUCAAACCACAGACACUUGCAUAACGAAAUAUAAUCAAAUUGACACAAAGUUAACUCAAUUGAAUAUGUAAAUGCAUGUAAGUUUGUCAUAUUUCCGACAAUGAUGCAGUUGGACCAAUUUAUUUUUUUAUUUUUAACAAGCUGUAAGAAAAUACACUCCUAUGGCUCUUAUCUCUUUUUUUAAAUGGACCUCUAUGAGACUGGCAUGUAAAUAAUCAUAGAUGGCACAGAACUGCUUGCAGAUAUUAAAGCAACACCAACAAUAUAGCAUUUGAUGAAAACUGCAUCUGGUGCUGUUCAUUUUAGCAUGCAUAGCUGUAUUCAUGUUAGCAACAAGCAGAAGCACCACAAUGAUAUUCUAGCUUUGGUUUACAUCUCAUGGCCACAGGUCAAAUAUGUAACAAAUGGAAAUUGCCACACCAACCCGCCCACAUACAGACACAUUGGCUUCAGUACAAUCGUGAACCUUUGACCUCUGGAAGGACAGUUCUCGCACAGCUUCAUCUCUGGUGUACUUUUGUCCAGAAGCCGCAGCCCUGGGACAGUGUAAACUCUAACCAGCAGAGCGGUUAUCGGACAAGUCUCAACACAGUCUCUCAGUGGUGCAGUUUAAACUGUCAGCUGGUGGUCUUGUUAGGAUUUUUGUCAACUUAACAGUUUGAGGUGACAGGUUACUCCUACCUCCAUCUAGCACCCUUUCAGAUACAACAUCAAUUAUGUCAGAUUUGAUUCAAAAGGAUAUUUUCACAUCCACAAAAUAGUACAUUUUCGCACUCUGAAAGGGACUGCCUAGAACUACCAAAAUAGGGUUGUGUGUCUCUAGGGUUAGUGUCUAAGCCUUGUCUAACCCUAAUAUUAUGAAGACAGUGUGUGAUAACCAACAUUUUGUGGAAAACAAGCCAAAAAACAAUUAUGCUACUGAACUUUGUGUAUGUAAGUCAACUAAAACAACAGCUAAUAAGUAUAGCCUGUUAGCUACAGCAACGUUAAUGCUAGCAUUACAGGUUAAAAGUGGAGAGUCAACAACACAACUCAAGGCUAUUGUCAGUUAGCUAGUUAAGUAGGCUCAUGAAAUUUCUCAGUGAAGAGUACAUGUUAGCAUUGUAAGCUAACACCUUAUGCUGAGCAGCAGCGUUGAAAAUGGGUUUCUGUUUUAUUUCUUAUGUCUUUUCAGAGGCUUCUGUCUUAAUGAUGUCAUGGAUGCUGCCACAAACUUUGAUACCAAGUACUUCGACAGCUUAAUAAAAGGACCAAAAAAGGCAGGGCAGAAAAAAAAAUCCUGGCUGAAUUUUUUUAAUUUAUUCUUUUUUUUUCUAAGAAAGUAUUUUUUACUAGCAAAUUCAACAGUCUUAGAGGUACAUUUUAUCACAGUCUCUUCAACCUAAACUUCUUGUGUCUCAGUUGCCUUAUGGGAAAUGUGAGCUACAAAGUUUUAAACUUUUUCCAUAACAAGGGACCAAAUAAAUCUGGUGAGGAUUUUGGCAGCAUCUGUUAUGUGAAUUCAGCCAAUCAGUUUUGUGCUGAAAUGAAGCUAGAGGACCAACUUGUUGAACAGCUGAAUUUGGCUUCAUAUUUGAAGUUUUGCUGACAUUACACUGUUUUAUGACUGUGAUAUCACUGAAGCAAAAAAAGGACUUCACUGCCACAAAUGCAGACCAAUUCUACACUUGUACGUACACAUAUAUAUUGCCUCUCAGUUAUUGAUGCAUAGUCUCAAUGCUGUGGUACUGAAACAACUGCAUUGAAAUGUAGUAAUGUUAUGUUUUUCUGUUAUUGAUGUAGCUAAACUCAUCUGUAAGAAAAUCACUUCUCAACAAGCCAAAUGAACAGAACAACACUGAUCCGUUUGGUAUACCUCUCAGUGGUGAAGCAUUUGCACCAUGAAAGACUCUCAUGUUACACUGGAGCAAUAAUGUAGCUGCAGAGGGGGCUGUAGUCAUCACUGUACCAACACGUCUGAUUCAAUUAGCCAUCUCACUAAACUGACGAUUCUGGGUUCAUAUGAACCUCGGUGUGCCUGUUUGAAAUGCUCUGAAUGCCACUUGUGAUGUCACUGAACUGUUCAUUUUACCCUGAUUCCUCCACAAUAUUGUUUCAUAAAUAUGUAAAAAGAAAUCACAAAGUAUAAUUAAAUUUUUUUCCUACAAAAACAAA